AUGGGAGGUGACAAAGACAGAGGGUUUCAUGGGUAUCCACCUGCUGGAUACCCGGCCGGUACUGGGGGUUAUCCACCAGCUGGAUACCCACCACAUCAAGGUUAUCCUCCACCACCUGGUGCCUACCCUCCAGCUCAUGGUUAUGGAGGUUAUCCUCCUGCACCUGCUCAUGCUGGUUAUCCUGCUCAUCACUCAGGACACGCAGGAGGAAUCGGGGGUAUGAUUGCUGGUGCUGCAGCAGCCUAUGGAGCUCACCACAUAGCUCAUAGCUCUCACAGUCCUUACGGACACGCUGCAUAUGGUCACGGAUAUGGCCAUGGUCAUGGCUAUGGUUAUGGUCAUGGUCAUGGUAAGUUCAAGCAUCACGGAGGCAAGUUUAAACGUGGGCAUGGGAUGUUUGGAGGAGGUAAGUUCAAGAAGUGGAAGUGA